CUACUCUCGUUAGUUUGCGGUCGCUCUGAGGGGGUGUGUGCGAGUACGUGUGAACGUCGGUUGUUGCAGUCUUCCAGUGUUACUAGCAGCGUUACGCCAUCAUGUCUGUGGACGGAUUUGUUGGUCGCAAAUACAAGCUCGACAAGAGCGAGAAUUUUGAUGAAGUGAUGAAAGCGCUUGGUGUGGGCAUGGUGACCCGCAAGAUGGGCAACGCGGUGAGCCCCGUCAUAGAGCUGACGAAGGACGGCGACACGUACACGCUCAAGUCCUCGUCCACGUUCAAGAACACGGUCAUCACCUUCAAACUCGGCGAGGAGUUCGAGGAGGAGACUCCGGACGGCCGCAAAGUAAAGUCGACCAUCACCCAGGAUGGCAAUAAGCUGCACCACAUCCAGAAGGGCGAGAAGACCACCACAAUAGUGCGAGAGUUUUCAGCCGAAGAGGUGAAGAUGACCAUUACAGUGGACGACCUUGUGUGUACGAGAAUCUACAAAGCGAUCUAAGACUGCAACUUUCGCCACUGAAGAUAAUUAUUUCAAUUUUUUGAAUGCCAAUUGUUAAAUUUGUAGGAAAAUUAGAUUCCAUACCAAGUGAUACAGCUUCAUAAUAGUUUAGUUGAUAUUUGCUGUUAAGAAUUUGUCAGCUCAUUUAUUAGCUUCUAUAUUUAUUCGUUUGAUAUUUUAAUAUUAAAAUUUAAAAAUUGUAGUUUUCAGCUGAACAGAUCUUGAUGUUCCUAAAGUAUUUUUGUAUUCUGCAUUUGGUACAAUUGUUAUAUGCAUUUAAGUGUUUCCUAAAUUCUUGAACUUUGUACUGAAUUUACUGUAAGUUAAUAAAACUACAUACCUUUAAAUGAUA